AUGGGGGAGGCGACCCCCGCUCAGUCCGCCGCGGGGACUUUCAUGCCCAUGCUGGGUGUCGGGUUGGGGGCUCUGCCCGCCGGUGGGGUGGGCGGCGGACCCGCGGUGGUGGGGGCCCCCACCUCCAGGGGCUCCGCGGUCCCCCAGCUGCACAACGCCAUCGUGGAGCGGCUGCGCGCGCGCAUCGAGCUGUGCAGGAGGCACCACUCCACCUGCGAGAGCCGCUACCAGAGGGUCCAGCCCGAGAUAUCCGUGCGCGAGCGCGACACCACCCUCCACCUGCUCAACAUCGUGCACCAGGGGCCCGGGAACCGCAAGACGAAAGGCGGCCGGGGAUCGAACCAGCAACCUCCCGAUUACAGCAGGGAGCAGAAGGGCCCGGACGGGGAGCAGAAGAUGUGCACGCGCAUAGCGCUUCAAGGAUCUCUGCGAAGGAAGUUUGAUGGAAGUGCGCCAGGACACGUACCGAAGCAGAAUGGCCUCGCCUGUGGUUCAGACUUUAAGCGUGUGUGUGUGGACGGAGGAGUGAAUCCUGGUAACUACAACCACAGCUUUACCAAUUCUCAACAAGGGACCUCAAACAGUGGCAUGCAGAGGAAGCCUUACGUAAUGCCUCAUGCACUGGGGUCAGACAUGUUCAACAUGACGCUGAAGGAAAUGAAAAAAGAGCCUAUGGAGAUCCAGUCUUGCGGCCAUUCAAGCGCCGAGAUGAUUUUUGACAUCAAAGAUGAAGGUGGGGGUCAGAUUGAUCCAGAGCUCCAGGAUCUGUUUGACGAACUGACAAAGACAGUGCCCCCUCUCAGUGAUCUGGAGCUGGAGAAAAUGCUGAAGCAGGAUGACACCUUUGGUUUAGAUCUAUGUCGACCCAGCUCGGCAGGAGCAGCUGCCAAUCUGUGCACCCCGGUGGCUAAGAUGAUAAAAACGGAGCACUCGCCUGAUUUUGGACAGACUCAUGAUGGCUCACCGCAGCUUCGACCAGCCUCAGCGGGUCCCUCUUUUACACUGACCAGCACCUCUUCCACCAACACAUCGCAGAAAGCUAAUUCUCAGGCGGGACACAGCAGAGCCAUGCCUUGCUGGCCAGAAAUAUCACACGCACAGCAGCUUAAGCAGAUGGCAGCAAACCAGCAGCAGCCAAAUUCUCUUCUCCAUCACCACCAUCAAACUCCACAUGUGGGAAUAACCAGUUGGGCUCCUGCAGCCAGCACAUUUCCCAAAGUAAAGAUCUCCAGUCCACCUCCGCUGACCCAGAACAGGAUUGCGUCUCAUAAUAAAGGCCUAAGCAACUGCCUCUUUAAGUCAAACGACCACAAUGGUUCCCAUCAGUUGGACUUAAAGGGUCUUGGCACCAAGCCCACAUUACACUUCAGCCCUAAGGCACCCCAUUCUGCCACUCAGCCCAUGUCUGUCAUGACGAGCGCAGUGACCAAGACAGAGCGGCAGCAGUCGCCAUCGCCGGGCCAGAAUCAGACGCAUUCGGCUCUCCAUUUCCAGAACCAACAGAUGUCAACAUCUGGGGGUCUUUGUCUGCAACCCAAGUCUGUUUCUGCAGGGCUGCCGUUCAGACUGUCUCAACAGCCACAGGGUUCUUCUGCUGGUGCAAGGCUGCUCACUAACGGAAGCCUAGGAGUCAUGUCAGCUCAGUCUCAACCACAGCCCUCAGCACCCAACAACCAGCAGAAAGGCCCAGCUAAAAGCCAGGCCAUGCAAAGACAGGACAAAGACAACCCACACGAUCAGUUCAGUCGACAUCUUACAAGACCGCCACCAGAUUAUAAGCAGUCGAGAAGCAUGGUGGGAGUUCAGCAAGGAAAUAUCUUCACAGGUCAAAACUCUUCCCAGUCUCCCAGCAGUGGUCCUGAGAAUAGUCUACAAUCCAUUUCAUGCCAUCUGUCUAGUGGUCCUGCUUCAAAGAUGAACCCUUUGCCGUCAGAUCGCAGAUUUGGUAUCAGGACAGACUGUCACACGAGUUCUUGUAUCAGACAGUUCCAACAGCAAAACUGCCAUAGUCGUAUUGAACUGAACCAAAAUAAGCCAAGGUUCCUGGGGCCGAACACUCAAGGAAAGUCUUUUGGGAUGAACAGUGUAGCAGGUGUCCAACACCAGAGAGCGACAGCUGACUUGCAUUCCUCCGGGGUGGCAGUGCAGGGUCUAGGAGGCUCAAUGACAAAUGUCGGCAUGAGCUGGGGUUCAGGCAACAAGCAAAUGACAACUGGGCUCGGCGUUAGGCGCCUACCAAACCCACUACAGUCGCAAGACAUGCCAAACCAUCCUUAUCAACCGAGGCAUAUCAGCCCACCCAAUCAAGUAGCACCAGAGAUCCGGAUGCUCCCUCUGAAUCCUUCAGUAGGAGACACAGGGCCAAGACCAAGCCAGGCCAUGAUGGGCUGUCCAUCACCAAUGAGAAACCUGAACCAGGCGUCUCCUGAACAGAGAGUACCAGCAGGUAGUUUUGCAGAUGCCAGUCCCAGCUCCAGCAGCUACCAGAACAGUCGAUCCAACCGUCUGACCUUUGACUUCCUUCCUGAGGGAGAUAACACGGUUCCAGGUAUCAAUGCAGACUCGGACUUCAUCGACUCUCUGCUUAAAUCUGGCUCUGGGAACGACGACUGGAUGAAAGACAUUAAUCUGGAUGAGAUUCUGGGCAGUCAUUCAUAAUUUUGGAUUACGCGUCGCAAAAGUAAAAAUGACCUGCGGCUCAAAUUGUAGCGUUCAGGCUUGUAAUAUAAAAGGAAUAAAAAUUGUA